UGCGUGCAUGCACGCAUGCGAGUCAGGGCACCAUGUGUACGACAGCAGAGGUUGCGUGGUAACGGCAGCAGGGAGGCGCCAGCUCUGCCUUCCUCGCUCCCCGGACGGCACCGAGAGCAAGGUCUUAUCUCAACUGUCAAAAUGGAACUUGACAUCCAGUGUGAGGAGAUGAGCCCAUCCAGAUGGGCUGAACUUCUGACUACAAUGAAAUCCUGCAAAACCAUCAGGUUGGAUGACUGCAAUCUCUCCAGCAGUAACUGUGAGGAUCUCUCUUCCAUCAUCAAUACAAAUCCAUCCCUCACAGAGCUGAAGCUGAACAACAAUGAACUGGGAGAUGCAGGUGUUGAAUACCUGUGUAAAGGGUUGCUGAUGCCAAGCUGUAGCCUACAGAAGUUAUGGCUGCAAAACUGCAAUCUGACAAGUGCCAGCUGUGAGACCCUGCGGUCUGUCCUCAGUGCACAGCCAUCCCUGACAGAGCUGCACGUGGGUGACAACAGGCUGGGAACUGCUGGAGUGAAGGUGCUGUGUCAAGGGAUGAUGAACCCCAGCUGUAAGCUGCAGAAGCUGCAGCUGGAAUAUUGUGAACUCACAGCUGAUAUUGUGGAAGCUCUCAAUGCUGCUCUGCAAAGCAAGCCCACCCUGAAGGAACUCAGCCUGAGCAACAACACUCUGGGAGAUACAGCUGUAAAGCAGCUGUGCCGGGGACUGGUGGAGGCAAGCUGCAACCUAGAGUUACUACACCUGGAGAACUGUGGCAUAACCAGCGACAGCUGUCGGGAUAUUAGCAUUGUUCUCAGUAACAAGUCAUCACUGAUGGAUCUCUCUGUGGGGGAUAACAAGAUCGGGGACUCCGGACUGGCUCUGCUUUGCCAAGGACUGAUGCAUCCUAACUGCAAAAUCCAGAAGCUGUGGUUAUGGGACUGUGAUCUCACAAGUGCUAGCUGUAAAGAUCUCUCCAGACUCAUCAGUACAAAAGAGACCCUCACAGAGAUCAGUCUAAUAGACAAUAACCUGAGAGACUCAGGGAUGGAAAUGCUGUGUCAGGCGCUCAAGGAUCCCAAAUCUAAACUUCAGGAGCUAUGGGUUAGGGAGUGCGGGCUCACGACUGCUUGCUGCAAGGUUGUCAGCUCUGCUCUCAGCACCAACAAGCACUUGAAAGUACUGCACAUGGGUGAGAACAAGUUGGGAGAUGCAGGUGUUGAACUCCUCUGUGAAGGGCUGCUGCACCCCAACUGCAACAUCCAGUCCUUAUGGCUGGGUAACUGUGAUCUGACGGCAGCCUGCUGUGCCACCCUCUCCACCGUCAUGACCACCAAGCAGUGCCUUACCGAGCUGGACCUGAGCUACAACCCUCUGGAAGACGAAGGCAUCAGGAAGAUCUGUGAAGCCUUGAGGAAUCCCAGCUGCAACGUGCAGCAGUUAAUUUUGUAUGACAUCUUGUGGAGUGCUGAAGUGGAUGAUGAACUGAGAGCCUUGGAAGACUCCAAGCCUGAAGUGAAGAUCAUUUCAUGAGUGGUGACUGCCUGCAAAACAACGUCAAAGCAACAUCCUCUCCUUAUUUUGAACUUUCCAUACGUGAAGCUAAUUAACUUAAUAGAGAAUUUUCUUGUACCGAAACCAUUUUUGGAUUCCCUGAGUGGGUGUCUGGGGAGCUGAUUGAUCUCCUGUGCAUCUCUGGAUGUACUAACUCUGAGGCUCAUGAAAGCUGCAGCAUCACUAUCCUUGAAAUAAACAAUUACUGUCUUAUAGAA